AUGGGAUCAAGCAACGAUAAAAUUGAAAAGGAAGAGACUGAACAAGACAUAUCGCAAUCUAGCACAAUAGAUUCUGAAAAUUAUCUAUCAUCUUCGCAUAUAGAUGAUCUCAAUCUAAAAGAAAGCCCGCAAGAAGAAAUUCUCAAAUUCAUAGUUUCUGGUUAUGCACAAAUGAAUAAGCGAAUACAAGAUACUAAAAAAAGCAUAAAGAAAGAACAAAGAAAGGCAAGGAAAAACAAAACUGUGCCAUCUCAGCAACCUGAAAGGUUUAAAAGGAAAGUAAUGCCACGAUUGAUAGCUGCUAUAAAUUAA